AUGGUUUCCAAUGUGGAUGCAACUACACCGAAGGCACGGCAUGCUGAGACCAAGGUGGCGAGCCUCUCGAAGUGGCUGUCGACAGCUCGCUGUCGCCUCACGGACAAGGAUUACCAGGAGUUCAGUGCAGCUGUGAAAGUGCUCUUCGCGCAUGGGAGGGGCGAGCAGGUCUCCGAGCUUCCUGCCGUAGACGACGUGCUUUGGCAGAUGGCCGAGCUGCUGUGGCGUGCCGACUUCCCAGAAGGCAUUGAAGAGCACAGGCGGUUCCUGGAAGGCUUCUGCUUGAGCCUUCCCAAAAUAUUGAUCCCCACGUGGGAGCACCACGUUGCACAGAGUGCCCCUGCCGGCGCGGAGGCUCCAGGCAGCUUCGACUUCUUCGAGGGGAAAGCUUUGGCCACUCCAAUGUGCGGAGGUUGGCUGCGCUUCAAAGGCAGUGACUUCGAUGCUGCCGCCUGUCGCCAGGCCUGCGAUGCCCUAGCCGAAAGCGUGGCAGCAGGUAACCAUCACCACGUGGAGGGGCUGAUGACGGCAUUACGGCUGAUGAUGCCGGCAGCCAGUGGUGCAGAGAGAGCCUUUGCCAGGCCUCGGGAGGAUUUCAUCCUCAAGCCCGAGAUUUUAGUCUGGUCGGAACAGGACUUCCUUGGGGGCCUAGAGGAGAACAUGAAGAUUGUGCAGAACUGCGAAGCGGAAUUCGCGCGCAGAAUGGCCAUGCACCCCGAGGGUUUCCGCGCCCCGGAGAUCUUGGCCGCAGGGCUCGACCUAGCCGUCGUCUACCUGAAGAACUAUUCACUGGACAAGGCUGAUGCCCUCUAUGCCGCCAUGGAGAAGCAGUGCCUUUCACGCGGGCUGCCUUGGGACGUCAAGUUCCUGCAGGACUUGGCCACGCUGCGGUGCAAGCAGAAUCGCCAGGCCGAGGCGGCCCCCCUCCUGGAGGAGGUGGCAAAGCGGACGCCGCCUCACGAGGCAACCUUGCGAAACUUGGGCACUGUCUACAACAUGCUGCGCGAGCAUGAUAAGGCGAAGAUCUACUUCGAGGCAGCCUCGAACCUCGUGGGCGCCCGCGAGAAGGAGGAUUUGUGGAACUUGGGCAUCGUCGCCAUGCACAAGCAGGAGUACGAUGAGGCUGCCCCGUUGUUGGAGCAGGCCCUUGAGGCCUUCAUCAGAGACGAUCCGGAGGAUGACGUAACCAUCGCAAAGCUCCGAGACUCGGUGGGGAUGUGCUUCGACGGCAUGGGCAGGCAUGAGGAUGCAAUCGAGCACCUCGCCGAGGCCCGGGCACUCUACGAGAGGAGUAUCGGCACCGAGAGCCCACUGUAUGGCACUGCUUGCGAGCGGCUGGCAAGGGCUUUGGUUCACGCCGGGCGGCAUCGGGAGGGCUUCGAUGCUGCCUUAGAUGCCUUUAUGGUCAUCGCCCUCCAGGACGCCGUGCAUCCGACGCCGCUUUUCGAGCUACUGGGGCUGAUGCUGGAAGAGACCCCGAAGUUGAGCGGGGAGGAGCUCGGGGAGUUGGCUCGGCUGCAGGUGCCGAUCGCCGCGGCGGUGCGAAAUCUCCACUUCCGGGAGAUGGAUCGCGACGGGAACGCUGGGGUGCUCUUUGAGCGGAUGGCCCGGGCUCUGGUCCUUAGCUCCCCUGCACGUGGGGACCUCGUGGAGCGGCAGGCCGCGGCUCGGCGCCGAGCCAUGGCCAGAGCGCUUCUCAUCCAGGCCGGUCCUCUGGUCGCCCAAGCGACCGCGGAUGGCCUUGCAGACUUGUCCCAUAUCUCGAUGCUCAUAGAGAUGCAGCUGAAGACCCUCGAUGCCCAGGACGCUGAGGAGCGACGUUCUCUUGGGGCUGGUACAUCCGCUGUCGGUAUCGAGUGA